CCGGAAAGAAUUGUGUUUCGCAUUUCGAUAAAUAAUUCACCUUCCUGGUUUGAAGGCUACCUUGUCAGGAGGAAACUGAAGUGUACCUUCUGAAGCAGAACACAGAGGCUGUGAGUGGGUCAUCAGGCAGUCUCCCUAUGUCAGGCCGAAACGGGUCUGCAAGUGAUGCAGACUGCCGGAUCUCUGAGGACUGCCGUGUCCCAGAUGUUGAGCUGAUGGAGCUGGGGCCACUGCUGGAGGAGGGAGGGGGGCGAGCGGCAGCAUCUAAAGGCGUCCAUUCAGAGGGAGCCGCGAUGCUUGCUGAUGAGGAAGAGGAUGAUGAUGAGGUGGGAGAGGUCCUGACCUUACCACUUCAGGCUCAUCAUGCCAUGGAGAAGAUGGAGGAGUUUGUACACAAGGUGUGGGAGGGGCGCUGGAGGGUCAUCCCUUUCCACGUCCUGCCAGAGUGGCUAAAGGACAACGAUUACCUCCUGCAUGGACAUCGGCCUCCUAUGCCCUCCUUCCGGGCCUGUUUUGGAAGCAUCUUCAGAAUUCACACUGAGACAGGAAACAUCUGGACUCACCUGUUAGGGCUGAUCUUAUUCCUUUGUCUGGGCACGUUAACCAUGCUGCGGCCCAACAUGUAUUUUAUGGCCCCGCUGCAAGAGAAAGUGGUGUUUGGGAUGUUCUUCCUGGGAGCUGUGCUCUGCCUCAGCUUCUCCUGGCUUUUUCAUACUGUCUACUGCCACUCUGAGAAAGUGUCUCGCACCUUCUCCAAGCUUGACUACUCGGGCAUUGCCCUCCUGAUCAUGGGCUCCUUCGUGCCCUGGCUGUACUACUCGUUCUAUUGUUCCCCUCAGCCUCGACUUAUCUACCUCACCAUUGUAUGUGUCCUCGGCAUCGCCGCCAUCAUAGUGGCCCAGUGGGACCGGUUUUCUACACCUCGUCACAGACCUACAAGAGCAGGUGUGUUCAUGGGUCUUGGAUUAAGCGGCAUUGUCCCCACCAUGCACUUCACCAUCGAGGAGGGCUUUGUUAAGGCUACCACAGUGGGCCAGAUGGGUUGGUUCUACCUGAUGGGUGCCAUGUAUAUCACUGGUGCUGGUCUGUACGCAGCCAGGAUCCCUGAGCGCUAUUUUCCUGGAAAGUGUGACAUCUGGUUCCACUCUCAUCAGAUUUUCCAUGUUCUGGUCGUUGCGGCGGCGUUCAUCCAUUUCUACGGGGUUUCCAACCUGCAGGAGUUCCGCUACGGCCUGGAGGGAGGAUGCACAGAUGACUCUCUACUCUGAGAGGCCUGACUGUGACUUACUCAUACUUUUCUUUAUAGUCCCACAAACACCUCGCGCACACACACACACACACACACACACACACACACACACACACACACACACACACACAUACAUACACAUACACACAACACAUGCACACACAAUCACUUUAAAUGCUGCUGGAAUUCAAUAUAGUCACUUAUUGCUCCUUCUGUACUUCUGAUUUGCUAACAUCUUGUUUGGGUUUUGGUGGUCUUUCUGUUUGGCUCUUUUUUGCUCCGAUAAAGUAGCAUUAACUAGCCACUGAACUACAGAGGGAAUCUUCAACAGGCACUACUUCUUCAAUAAUUCUGAAACUUGAAGCCUACAUUUUCAAGUAAGGUCAAAAUGGGAUUUUAACCAAAAUCGUAUAUUACUGUAACUGAUGGUCACUUCCUAGAAGCUCACUAGUACCCCGACCUCUUCAUAGUCUGUUACCAUUGCACAAAGGGUACAGAGCGUAUUAUUUGUGCUGUAGCAGAGGGCACAUACUGUAAACCAUUCCUAUCCUCCCUCCCACUUUCCAUGCAGGUUAGAGGAUGAAUGUACUGUCCACCAGGAGUGAGGUGUAGAGCAGUCCAGGACCAUUUAGGUGCUUGAGGGCAGGCACACAUUUGUAUUAAGAGGAUAAAGUAUGCACCUAUAGUGUGUAUAGAUGCUGCCAGAUGCUUUCUAACUGUGCUGACACUGAUUGAGCAGCUGUAUGUCAAAACUUAGAGGACUACUACAGACCCACCCAUGCCCGCUCUGCAAUAAAACAUGAGCUGUACUCUUUAGGCCCAGUCAGUACCCUUAAAUCAUAAUUAAACAAAAUACAAUACAAUAUUAUGAAAGAAAUAUAGAGCUUGGAUACUAUAAAUUCGAUCUAUACAUGUGUCUGAGUAACACAUGGUGUAAUUGUCAUCACAGUUCUUCCCAGAAUGAUUGGAAAUCAAAGGGAUUUAUACAUAAAAGGGAUAGUUAUGGUCUUUUGAAGUGGGGCUGUAUGAGGUACUUACCUUAAGUCGGUGUAGUACUUACAGUAGAUGGCGGUCAGCAUGGCCCCAGUUUGGAGAAACAGUUCAUGGCUUCAGUUCCCCGCCUGCACUCUCGUCAAUGUCACCAGACUCCACGACAAAAACAUCGUUGAACACAGGAGCUGCUGGUCUACUGCUACCACAGUCAGUUUGUAUGUUUGUGUUAUUGUGUGACUCUGGUGAAUCUGAACUCACCCAGCAAGCAUUUUUUGGUUUAAAAAACGUCUAAUAGCCAUCUACAUGAAGACCUGACGUCUAGGCUAAAUCACGGCUGAAUUUGGGCUGUCAGUGAAAAUUUGGUAGACGUCAUCAAUUAUAUGGCUAUGUAGAGACCAUGUCCAAAAAAUGGAGAUAAACAUAUUUUAAUUACUGUUGACUCUCCAUACGUGAUUGAAUAUCAUACCGCGCGCCAUCUGCAACGGCGAAACUUACAUUUAAUCAAUUUCAAAAUUAAAUCGGCUAGAUUUGGGUUACACAUAGCUAGACUAAAUCGGAGCUAAAUAUAGCCAGUCCGUUUAAAUCACGACUAUUACUUGCUGGGCACAGUUUAAAACACCAAAGUCACACAAAAACACAAACUAACUAAUCGAGGCAGUGGUACACCAGCAGCUUCUGUUUUUGACCAUGUUAAAUUGUUGUUUUUCUCAGUAGAGGCUGGCUUUAAAGAGAGAGCAAUAUAACAUCUUCAGUUACCUUUUGGAAUCCGCUGUCUGACAGCAAGGCAAAGUGGUGUAAAUAUUUUAAGUAUUGUGUACAGUUAAACUGAUAUUGAUUUAUUUAGGUGGCCAAAAUACGAUUUGCUUCACAGCAGUACAUCGCUUAGCUUCAGGGGCAGUACUUCUGCCUGCCUCUGUGCUGACUGACAUCUACUGUAUGUAAUACACUGACAGUGGAUCAGUGCCUCAUACAACCCUGCUUCAAAAGAUUCAAACUAUCCCUUUAAACUGAUUCCUGAGUUUCUUUGAACUUUAUACUGAAAUUUGUAUGAACUUCCUUUGCAAUUUGAUGCAAUUUUAAUUGACAAACGCCCAAAAGGCCUAGAAAAGCUGCAACUGUGCAAACAUGUAUCUGCCCAGAUGACGUUAGACUAAAAUGCUUAAAAUAUGGAAGUGAAAAGAACUCCCCCGCCAUCAUGUUUCAGACAGACAACACAUUGUUGAUUAAUUUCUAGAGCAACAGUUCCUGGGCUACGCACAAUGUACAGAUCUGGAUUGGUCAAAUUGUGUUUUUGUCAGCUAGAGAUAUUUCUUUUGUGCUAGAUUUCAGAUGCAAUGAGAGGUGUAAAUAUCAAAUGCACCUUAAGUGUAUACUAUUAAAUUCAAAACUUUAAAUCACCGUAUGGGGUUUAAAAUGUGUUAUGUAUGAUUGAUAUAAACUUUUAGUAUUCCUGUGCCUUAGGCCAAUGGAAAUGUUUUUAAAUAAAACGGCCUAUCUUAACAGUCAAGGGAGCUUCAAGGAUUUCCAGAUGUUGACUUUUCUUGUUUUCCUUGCCAUAUACAAUCGAAUCAUUAUUGAACUUACGACUCCAUGGAUAGGUUGUAUCAACUGCUGUUUAAGACUCCUUUUUCUAGAUCAACUUAUUCGAGCUUUAUUACAAAGACUAAAACAAUGUGUAUUCUUGACUUUGUGUAAUGUCCUGUGUAGAAAGUGAUAAAUCAUACAUUUCACUGAAAUGUAAACAUAAAUAUUUAUUAAUGGUAAUCUCGGAAAAUUAUUGUAAUAAAUUUUUUUCCACAUGUACAAA